AUAAACUCUUCUAUUCUACGAUUUGCUCUCACUUUCACAACCUCGUCGUCGAGAAUCAAGCAGAGCAAGCUAUAACGUGAGCGAGCACCAUCGACGAACGACAAUGAACAUAGACCAGAACUUGACUUCUACAGCCCCAAAAUUCCCUGUGUCACAACUCAAUUUCUCUCUACAAAUCAAUGGAAACAACACCGAAAUCGUUAUUUCAAGUUAUGAAGAUCAUUUUAUGGUUAUUGCCACUCAAAUAGGAGCCAUGGGGACAAUACUGCAUGCCAGGAAGGAAGAAGGGAUGUCAAUUAGCCCAACGUUCGAUGUUUCUGUUUUAUUUGGAAAACGGGAUGAGCCAAUGUUAGUAGCAUGCGCACGCCAGCUGAUUGAGCAUAUGACUUUGUCUGGUGUGUCUAAGCCGUUGGUGCUCUCACUAGGCCUUAAAGAUCAUUCUGCGGAGACAUUGAAAGGCAUUGUUUCUGCUGUGAUAGACAAGAGACUGUGGUAACGAAUCAGAUGAUGAAAGUUCAAAUUCCAGAUUUUAGUCUGCCGGAAUGCAUAUAGCUCAACCUGGUAGAGUUGGGAAGUAACAGCUGACUACCAUAUAUAUGCGGGUUAUUUUUCUACUUAAUAUUGUUUGUUCGGCCGUAAAUUUAAUUGUAUUGACAUCUGGCACUUUCAGAUUAUAGUAUUCAACUUACAUUUAUCACUGCAAGUUAAUCUCAUCUUCUACUUUAAUUGUGACA